AUGAGGGGCUUCACAUCGGCGGUUGCGGCUGUAGCGCUUGCAGUAUCCUCCGUAUUUGCGCAGGAUAUUCAGUUCGACUCCGAGCACAAUGCUACGACGAUCAUCGGCUCCUGGACGUCUGGCAGCAAGAACGUGACCGCUGGCUUGCGGCCACAAACUGGACUGGGAUUCGCCAACCCCGCCCAGAUGUCGUUCACAUAUCCGACAAACGCUGGUGUCUCAUACGCAUUCUCGGAGGACUACUACUACGAACUUGCGAGGUUCCGCUACGUUACAAAUGGCUCCCAUCCAGACUGUAUCACCGGCACGCUCGUUUGGGCACACGGACACUACGACCUGCUCAACAACGGCUCGAUCAUUCUCACGCCCAUGGGUGACGGCUUCCAGCAGGUCCAGGUUGCCUGCAGGCCACAGGACAACUUCAUCCAGAUCUACAACGAAACGGAGAUGUUCCAGUCCUGGAGGAUCUUCUUGGACUCGACCGAUGGACCCAAGCUUCAUCUGUUCGAGUUUGACGGCACACCUGUCGCGCCGCUCUUUCAAGUCAGUGCAACACCCAACAUGCUGCCGACACAGAUGCUCCGCAACGUCACCGAGAGCAAUCCGAGCGCCGGCACAACCGUGCUCAACCAGAAGCGCAGCCUCAGGAGUCUGGUCAAGCGCCUGACCGGCUUCUGA